GCGCUGCUUUCAGAAAAGCUGAAAGAGCGCUUUUAUCUGGAUGAUAUGGAAAUGAGAUUUGCAACUGUUGACGAAUUGGCAGCUAGUAGUAAAGUGCUGAAACUAGAAAAAUCCUUCAAGAAAAAACACCAGACUGUCUGGGAUCUACUUAAUGCUUCACCUCAUCAAAGGGCAGUGCCUUCAUCAUCAAAAAUUAUUCCAGAUGACGCUUUCGCUGCAUUUGCAAAAUAUGUAAAAGAGAUUUUAAAUGUGGUGCCAAAAUCAGUCAGUUCUUUUGACUGUCCACAGUUUCUAGAAUGCGAUCAGGCUAGUUGCUUAGGUGAGGAGCUUCGCAAAAUCAAAAACACGGAGGAUUUGCGUGGGAAGUAUGUAAAACUUGGCGUCGAAGAGCAGAAAAGGCUGAAUAAGUCGAAGGAGAAAAGGAUCAAAGAAACGGACGAUAAUUUUGAAUUUUUGAAACGAGAAAUAAAUGCACGCAUGGAGCAGGAUCUGCAGAAAGCCGCUGCUGCGUUCUUUGCUUCAUAA